CGCGGGUUGCAGAGACGUGAACGAGCACGAGAGGGGCGGGCUGUCUUAAGUAGGAGCGCGGAAAUGACGAGCGUCGCAGGCUGAGGAGAGAGCGCAGCGACAGAGAAGCAGCGAUAGCGGGUUUCUGCAGAGUGGAGUUGAGGAUCCAGUGUGUGCGAGAGAGGAUGAAGUGUCUCACUCUGGACUGCACUGCAGCGCAUGGCUUCUGAUUCAAGAUUCUGAGUUUCCACAGUUUGUAAUGCGAGCUGCUUUUGGCAUUGCACAGGGCAGUCAGAACGACAACCACAAACCAGCUUGAGAAGAGAAGAGGAUCUUUUAUUUUUCUUGCAUAUGCUCCUGCAAAACAAUAUAGGAAAGGUUCAAGGCAUUAAAGUGACUCUGAAACCUUUUGGAAACCCCAAGGAGUCUCAGUGACGCUGCUGUUGUCUCAGUCUGGUCCUCAUCUCGACGUGAAGGAGAGAGAGGAAAUUCGAAAGCUAGAAAGAGUUCAUUCAAGGAUAGCAGCAUCCUGUUGGGCUUGUGUUCAAGUUUCUGAAAGCAGAAUGGCUAAGAGACAUGCUCAGAAGGAUCCUACGGGAGUGGUUUUUGACACCCAGUCCAAAAUGGUGAUGUCUCAAGGAGGAAGCUUUGAGAAAAUGAAGGAAAAGAUCAGUGCUGUGAGAGCGGUCGUGCCCAACAGAAGCAACAAUGAGAUUGUUCUGGUGCUGCAGCAUCACGACAACAGUGUGGACCGAGCUGUGCAGGCCUUUGUGGACGGUAGUGCAGCGGAUAUCUUGAAAGAGUGGAAUGUAACUGGCAAAAAGAAGCCCAAGAAGAAGAAGCCCAAACCCAAGCCAGCUGCAGAGUGUGUGGAGGGGCAGACUGAGCCGGGACAGGCGCUCAACGGGCAGCCGUGCCAUUCCGCCUCGGAGACAGACCGGGUGAACGGUUACCAUGUCAACGACUCAUUGAACGACGGGGAGUCGGUGGACUCUCUGAGCGAGCAGCUGGACUGUGUGUCUGUGGACGCACGGGACCUUGAGGACUCUGAGUCAGCUACACCAGAGUUGCCAGACACUACAGACGGCAAACCCAGAGUUGAGCUCCAGAGCCAGCCCAGCCAGCCCCCUCAGCAGCCCCAUGCGUCCCGGGUUCACCAGAACCAGAGGAGCUCCAGUAAACCGCACCCCCGGACCAGCUGCAGCUCCCAGCCCUCCCCCGCACUCUCACUGCUCCUCCCUGAGGACUCUUCGCUCGCCAGCGCAGCCAACAAGAAACUGGCUUCCAACAUCGACAAGUCUGUGAAGGACCUGCAGCGCUGCACGGCCUCUCUCACUCGCUAUCGCGUGGUGGUGAAGGAGGAGAUGGACUGUUCCAUCAAGAAGAUGAAGCAAACCUUUGCUGAGCUGCAGAGCUGCUUGAUGGACCGGGAGGUUGCCUUGUUGGCAGAAAUGGACAAAGUCAAAGCAGAAGCCAUGGCGAUCCUGGACAGCCGUCAGAAGAAGGCGGAGGUGCUGAGGAGACUGAGUGAGCAGGCCGUGGUCAUGUCUGAGGAGCAGCUGAGUGAGCUCCGGGCAGAUAUAAAGCACUUUGUUAGCGAGCGGAAGUAUGAUGAAGACCUGGGGAAGGCUGUCAAGUUCACCUACGAACUGGAACCAGCUAAGAAAAGCAUCAUGACAUUCGGACAAGUGUACCACCCCCAGACCGGGUACUCCAACCGCUCCCGCUGCAGCUCAGUCUCCUCCCCCAGCACCCUGGAUUGCCCUCCCUCUGUGCCCCAGGCCUCUGGGUACAGCCCCCCGAGCAGCAGCCCUCGACCGCCCGCGCAGCCCCAGAGACAGGGUUACCAAGGUAAUAGAAGGCCAGGUCAAGGUUACCAGCCUCGGGGUCAAAGGCCGAACGGGGCGUCAUACCAGGGCCGCUACGAAGACCGAAACAGAAACAACAGGACCAACUUACGCUACCAGAGCCAAGCCCAGCCCAGGACCGCCAGCACGGCCAGCCCAGCCAGCCCAGCCAACCCUUCCCCUCCCACCAACGGGACUGCGCCUCCUCGCCCCAGACAGGACCAGCCCAACGGGCUCCCCCAGCGCCCUCCCCGAACACACUGCCCUACGCCAGGCCCCUGAGACACCAGCGAUGGAAGAACCCGAAAUGGAAGUUUACAUCUACAGCUCUUGUGCCACUUUAAGUCCUUUUUUCUUCUUUUGAACCCCUGUCCCCCAUUGCACCCUUCAGCUUUGUUUGUGUGUUGCUAUGUUUCCACCUUCAGUUAUUCACUUAAAACUGCAUCUAUAUACCUUG